GAUCUUAUCAGUCAAUCCACGUCUUGGCCUUGGACUCGGCAAUGGUGAGGUUUACACCACGUGCUUCCGAUCCUUGGGCACAUGGAUGAACGAUGCCUCGCCGGAAGCCUCUUAUAUACGCCCAGGUUGCUGUCAUCGUUCUAAUUGCGCUGGCGCUGUACAUACAUAGCGAUGCAGGGGCUGCAGUCGGUUGGCGGUCGGGGGUCGACGGUUUCGCUGAUGUGCCUGCGAACGCGACACUAUCGCGGGCAGAACUGAAAGGGUAUGUCAAGGCGAUACUUGACCCCGACGACACGGCGCUACCGCGGCUUGAGUGCCCGCGCGCAGACAUCUCGCGUUACGAGUACCUCCGGGUAACGGGCUCGGCAUCGACGCGGACGCCCUACUUCUUCGCGCUCGACCUGCGCAACUGCGUCGGCCUGUUGCCGCGGCUUCUCGGCAGCGUCGUGGAGGCGAUGCGCUUCCUCGGCCCCGAGCACUGUGCGCUGUCGAUAGUGGAGGGAAACUCGGUCGACGGCACCGGCGACGUCCUUGCGGCGCUACGCCCACGGCUGGCCGCUCUCGGCGUGCGCACGCACCUGGUGCUGGGUAACGAGAUCGAUCCGCUCGCGGAGGGCACCCAGCGCUUCGCGGCGCUGGCCGAGCUGCGCAACCUGGCGCUGGCGCCGCUGCGGGCCGAGCCGGAGCGCUAUCUGGGCACUGGCGACCGGGACGACGAGUCAACUGUGAUCUUCAUCAAUGACGUCGCCAUCUGCCCCGACGACAUCCUCGAGCUCGUGCACCAACGCCGCCGCCAGCGCGCCGACGUCGCAUGCGCGAUGGACUGGAUCGGUGACGAUCCCCCCGUCUUCUACGACUCGUAUGUCGCCCGCGCUAUCAAUGGCGACACCUUCUUCGAGAUCCCGGCCGGUGGCAGCUGGGCACGGGCAACCGACCUCUUCUGGAACGAGCCUGUCGCUCGCGCGCGCUUCGCCGCCCACCGCCCCUUCCAAGUGUUCGCCUGCUGGAACGGGGCCGUCGCCUUUACCGCGCGGCCUGUUGCAGAGGGCGCAGUCGUCUUCCGCGGCUCGCGGGCCGACCGCGGAGAGUGCCAUCACGGCGAGCCGCAGCUGUUCUGCAAGGACAUGUGGGCCGCCGGGCGUGGUCGCGUCAUGGUUGUGUCCUCGAUCAAUCUCGAAUACUCGGACGCAGCGGGGCGCGCUAUCAAGGCCGCUAAGGGCUUCACGUCACAGUGGGUUGCCGCGGAACAGUCCGGCGGCGACGGCGGCGACGACGGGGCCCUUAUAGACUGGCAACCGCCUCCUGAACAGGUCAAGUGCAUGCCGACUUUCCAGGACCAAAGUUGGCGACCCUGGAACGAGACGUUGGAUUUGUGAUACCACGGAUAUGGUGAAACUGUUACACUCUGUACAGCGCGAAAUAUGGUCUUAGACGGAUAAUGACCAGCCAUGAACAACGAUCUCGGUGCCUGAUUCCAUUUCCAGAUUCUUGUAGGACAAUUCUCAUGGGUGGUUUAUAGAGAUUCAUA